GAAAACCCCUCUUCAGUUAUAAAAUCUCCUCUUUCAUACCUCUGCCCUAACACACUCAGAUCUCAAUUCCCCUUCUCAUUCUCGUUGUUGUUGAAAUCCAAGCAAUGGCAGCAAUUGAGCCUUCGACACCAUUGCUGAAAGAUGAGCUGGAUAUAGUGAUUCCGACCAUCAGAAACUUGGAUUUCCUCGAAAUGUGGAGACCCUUUUUCCAGCCAUACCAUUUGAUCAUUGUUCAAGAUGGAGAUCCAUCAAAAAAAAUUAAUGUCCCAGAGGGUUUUGAUUAUGAACUUUACAAUCGAAAUGAUAUAAACAAGAUUCUGGGUCCUAAGGCUUCGUGUAUUUCGUUUAAGGAUUCAGCAUGCCGAUGCUUUGGCUACAUGGUGUCGAAGAAGAAGUAUAUCUUCACCAUUGAUGAUGAUUGCUUUGUUGCUAAAGAUCCAACCGGCAAGGAAAUUAAUGCACUUGAGCAGCACAUCAAGAACCUUUUAAGCCCAUCAACACCGUCCUUCUUCAACACUCUUUAUGAUCCCUACCGAGAUGGUGCAGAUUUUGUCCGUGGAUACCCAUUCAGUCUUCGUGAAGGUGUACCAACUGCAGUGUCACAUGGACUUUGGCUUAACAUCCCUGAUUAUGAUGCACCAACACAGCUUGUGAAGCCUCGUGAAAGGAACACUAGGUAUGUGGACGCAGUAAUGACGAUACCAAAAGGAACCCUGUUCCCAAUGUGUGGCAUGAAUCUGGGUUUCAACCGUGAAUUGAUUGGCCCGGCUAUGUACUUUGGACUCAUGGGUGAUGGCCAGCCAAUUGGACGCUACGAUGACAUGUGGGCUGGCUGGUGCACCAAGGUGAUCUGUGACCACUUGGGAUUAGGAAUCAAGACGGGCCUUCCUUACAUCUGGCACAGCAAAGCUAGCAAUCCGUUCGUGAAUCUUAAGAAAGAAUACAAGGGUAUCUACUGGCAAGAGGAGCUAAUACCCUUUUUCCAGUCCGUAACCCUUUCAAAAGGCAGCACCACCGUUCAAACAUGUUAUCUUGAACUUGCCAAACAAGUCAAGGCGAAGCUUGGGAAGGUGGAUGAUUACUUCAAGAAGCUUGCAGAUGCAAUGGUGACUUGGAUUGAAGCUUGGGACGAGCUUAACCCAUCCACCUGAUUAGCCAGUGGUUCCACCAAGUAGAAUUUUUACUAAUAGUUAAGAUUCUAAUUUAAUAGAUAGUAUCGGAACCCUCGUCCAAGCUUUUUAGCUUCUAAAAGCUUGGACAUUUUUUUUUUUUUUUUUUUGCGCAGAGAUUUUUUGAGGACCGUAUUCUUGUUUGCAUCGGAGAUCAGUACGACAAUCUUGUUUGCGUCUAUUACUUGUAUUUCAUUAAGUAUUAAUUAUU